AUGGUUUACAGCCGAAUACCACAUACGACUUCUAGCAGGACUUCCUCUCCGUGCAUAGGAGAGCAGGCCCAUUACAAGCGCGUUCUCGGGUACUCGAGAUGCCCAGACAAACCCAAAGCAAAGAAGGACCUCGACGGAGAUGCCCUCCGAACAGCCAUGAGGAAGACCUUCAGGCCUAAGAAAAAACAGACUCUGAUCACCUCCAAAAUGAAGCCCGAUGGCUGGGACCCGAGCUCAAGGAUACGAAACCCAAAGCUUCAGCUGAAGAGCCCCAGACUUGGGCGUAGCGAGCGCUCCUCUUUGAAAAAUGCAGACCAUGCAAGAAAGAACCUACCGCUGACCUACUUUGGGAUGGAAGGCACGGUUCAUGCCCAAAACGGAGCUGCUGCUGGUGCGGGCACUACUGUUACGGAAGUGAGGCACUCUUGCAUGACUUUAAAUCAUGGCAGAGAGAGCCCCAAGGUGUCCUUUGGCAGCCUGCGCAUGGGUCCUGGCAGAGACAGCCCAAGAGCAGCAGGGAGAGUUCACAAACCAACAUGGCGACCGAAGAAGAGUGUCCACUGGAAGACUAAUAUCGCCACUUGGAUUCAGAUGACAGCAAUGAAUUCGAGCGUGUCCAUGUCCGAAGACUCGAGUGGUGAUGACGAGUGGAACGAAAAGGGCAACACCGGAAGUCCUCCUGGGAAGGAGAAUGAAACCAGCGACGACGAUGGGACCAUGCGAUUCAACACGGCUGGUAAAAGCACUUUCGAAGGGUCCAGCAUGAAGGAAGACGAUUCCUCUGAUUUCGAAUACACCGAUUUUGCCCAAGUCAAUGGCAAGAAGGGGGGUGAGACGAAAACCUACGUGAAUCCUUAUUUCGGUUCCCUAUCCGGUGGUCCUCCGUCCAUCAUGGCCCCUCCAGUGCCCCCACCGCCACCGCCACCGCCACCGCUUUCGGAUACUGAUUUAAAUCUUCACUUGGCCCAUCAUGGCAGCCCUUCCACAGAUGACUCAGAAUCUCACUACUACAGCGAACUGAGCUGCUCCUGCGGGUGCCAGGGCAGCAUCUACUCAGGGAACCACACCUACGAGGACGUGGGGAGCAGCAUCAUGAGAAACGGCACUCCAACUGGCCCUGGCGACCUGAGACGUCGGCGCGAGAGUGGCAGCAGUCACCAAAGCAGCGACAGCAACCACACUUACUGCGAGAUUAGUCACGUGGGUCGUGGUGCGAAGCCCGAGGUCCUGGGGACGCUCUUCCGCAGCAACCAUCACCUGAACGCCCUCAAGUCGACUCUCGUCCACGUCCUGCCCAAGGACGAUAUCAUAUCCACUACCUUGCUGGCGUGUCGACUGGGAGAUCUCGAGUACCUUCAGGAUCUAACGAAGCAAGGGCGCAUGGACGCCCGGGCGCGCGACCUGCAGGGCGCCAGUUGCUUGCACUACGCUGCCCGCGGGGGUCAUAUGCACAUACUCAGGUUUCUCUUAGAGGACUUGGGUGCGAGGGACGUCAUGAGGUGCGAAGUAGGCGCCACGCCCUUGCACGACGCUGCAGCUCUGGGACACCUGCAUGUCAUCAAGUAUCUCAACAAGCAUUCCAAUCACAGCCUCGGUCUCACGGAUCAUGAUGGGUCUUCUGUGCUACACGUCGCUGCCAGGUGA